CUGGUACCUGCCUACUGUAUGGAACAAGUUCUCGGUUCAACCGAUCGUCAGAACAAAAUCGAACAGCGGUCACCUCGGCACGAAAUCAAUAAUUGACUGUGGUCACUGAACUCUACAUUUUCCACGCCGAUGCUUUUUAAGAUUUGAUGCUACUAGAUACAUGGUAUCGAUAUCGAUAACGUAGAAGAUUGACGACCGCGGAUUCAUAUAAUGAUUGGAAGAUCACAACAUCAUCUCCCCAAAGUGUCCAGUGGUGAUACCUCGCAGUGUUCGCUUCGAGGUCGAAAGUUGUCCCAACGCAAAACGACAAACGUUGGGGAUAUAAAUUCAACGAAGCGAUGCUUCAUUCUUACUCUUGCGGUUGCUUCCAUUACCUUUUCGAUACUGGCGAUUUUUUCUUGUAGCUUUUUUUCCUAUCAAGAAAUCGAUUAUUUUGACAAUGAAGUCGAGAAAGAGACGUCCGAAGCAGUAACUUCUUACAACCCAUUCGAAUUUUUCCCGGCGGCAGGCGUUGGUUUGUUUCGCUAUUAUAUGGGGGAUCCCUCGGGGAUGGGUUUCCUAAUGAACAAUCGAAUGUGUUUCACGUAUUGCGACGAAUUUACUGAUUACCAAUGGCUCUCCAGCAACAACAACAACGAGGAAACUGCGCACGGCAACAUGGAUUUGUGGGUAGUAUCCCGCUAUUGCUCGAUCCUUGCUCCGAGUUUUGGAUUAUUGGCGAUGAUUGUACUAAUAUUAGAACCGUAUGGUUUUGGGUUCAGCGGAAGGUGCAGAGGAAAAUUGUUUAGAGCGUUUCCGUUUUUGAUAGCAGCGGCCCUGCAAUGCGGUACCUUUUCCGUCAUGUAUGCGUCGCCAAUCAUGUACUCAACCUCGUCAGAAGACCAGCAGCAACAUUUUUGUUUUUCCAGCGCAUCGAAUUUUCAAUGUCGCAUCGACACAGGUGCCGUGCUCUCCUUGAGUUCGGCGGUGAUGUAUUCGUUGCUUGCGGUUAUUUCAAUGUUCAGCAUUCGCCGCACCGGCAGGAAAGAAUGCUGUGCCUCCAAGAUUGAUACCGACGACGAUAGCGAAGACAAAGGUGAUAUCAUCGGCGAGAACAGUGGUGAUGAGAGUGAAAAGCAACACGAGGGAGUCCUUCAAAGCGAUUCGAAUGUGAGCUGUGAAAGCUGCUGAAGAGGAAAACCGGGGAUAUUAACGAAAUGAGUAGAAAGCAACCAACUCGUUAGCUGGGUAGCAUUUGAUCGUCUCGGAGUUUUCAAAUAUGCCUGACUUCGAGAUCGUAGAGCACCGAUCUUCCAAUACAUAGUAUCAAACAACUCGUUGGAAUAAGUCUUUCAAUGCAAAAUCGAUUUGAAUAUACCGCUCGUUGAAUGGAAACAUUCAAAAUGAACAAGAGAGAAGGAGGUUCGUGCGCUGUAGAACUAUUUCUGUUUAUCAGCAUCAUGGUGGGUGAAGGAGGAUAACAUACUAUUGUAUCAAUGAAGAUAAUCCUACAUCACCAUCAGUACCAACAGUCUUUCCAUUGAAAAUUGAUAUCUUUAUUCUGAACACAUAACUGCUUUAAAAUAUAUAUUGCCAGGAAUCAAUCAAUAGUACAAGUAGUACUAGUACUGCUGCUAUUGUUCUUGGUGAUAGUAAAAGUAGUUAUUUGAC